UGUAUUUGAUUGGGAGCUGCACAAACUCAGCUAUUUUUCUUUAAAAAUGUUCAAAAUGAUUGUAGUCCUACAGAAAAUACAAUUAUAACACAGAUCACUAGACAAUAUUACGCCUGCCACCCCUGACCGCACGUCACUGGAUACACCACACAAAGAGGGCAGCCAUGAGAGAAAAAAUAAAUAAACUUUAUAUCAUUUCAAAUAGAGGAGGAUAAUGGGAUUGGAUUUCAAAUGUUUGACUAAAUAAAUAAACAGUUUUUGCAUAAAUUCACACUGCUGAACAAACAGUUAAGGAAAUUAAAUAAAUAUGCUUGAGGAGAACGUAAGGGUUGAAUGGUGCCACAUUUGUAAGGAAAAUGCAUUUUUGUGAUUAGCAGAGUUGAAAAUGUUGGUUUUGCCAAUGAAAAACUUGCCAAAUCUUUUUGCUAAUGCCAUAAAGCUUAUUCUGCUAUUGACUUGUUUUUGAGUAUCUGAUACCUCAGGUACUAGCAGUCAAGUGUCUGUUUGGCAGUUGAUUAGAAACAUCUGUUAGCGCUGACCCUGCUACAGCGGUCAGUUGAGAUUAUAGGGUCAAAGUGUGUAGAAGGUGAAGGGAACACAAUGCUUAUUGCAUUGUGACAAUGUUUGAUGGAGGCAGUGUGAUGUGUGAGGCAGCAUCUCCCUCAUUGCAAAAAUGAGCUCUUGACAUGUCAAGACAUCUUGGUUUAAAAAAAAAAUAAGAAAACACAAAUAUAUCAUUAAGGUAUUUAAAUAAAAAUGGUAAUACAUACAGAAAAUUUAAUUUUAGACUAUUUUAAUCAUGGUUGCAUGCCAACUGUGAUAAAAUUUCAUGGUCAGUCAAAUUACUAGUCAGUUCCUGUUGUCUCUGUUGUACAUGCACAUGUCUUUUGUGCAGCAAAGUCUUGUAGAAUCAUUGAGGCUCACUAACAUAAGAAGCCAAGGACAAGUUGGCUACAGUUUGAAGCUGUUUUGUAGUGGAAGUUUACAUGUUUUGCAUGCUUUUGUACCUCUGUUCCUAAUUUAAAAGAUAAAAUUUACCUGCUUAACUUUACUCUAAAUGUUUCUUGUCUGCUGAGGUUUUCUCUUACUUUAAACUGCAAAUUCAGGAUGCUGCACACAUACAGACUGCAUAUUAAAAAGUUCAAAUUAAUACUAAACCAUUUUUUCUGAAUUUUCAUCCCCAGUAAGGUUAAAAACCACAGUCAGGCUGACACCAGUAUGAUGUCAGCAAACUACAAAUAAUUCAAAUUAAUCGGUUUGUAAUAACUAACUUUGAGGACCUGGAAAUUCAGCUCCUCAGUUUCCACCCAGCCAAGCCGACAACUUCUCCAAGUUGGUGUCCACCCUGCGUACGAGCUCCAGAAUCGCACCCAGCCAUUCUGAGCUAGAAUAGCACCCAGUUUACAAUAUGGUGACCCUCAUCGUUUUAUUUGCGGCUCUCAUCAUCCUCAUUUUGGCCUUGGCCUUCUCAAAAUCCACGUCUAAGGUGAUGAGCAGCAACACAAAACCCGUAGCCAACCUCGGUAAAGACGAGCUUCUCAGCUGUUACCUCCCCACACAAGUUCAACAGAGACUCAGUGAUGUGUCAGUCACCUGGGAGAAGAAGGGGCUGAAGGUUUAUCAGUAUGAGAAUGGAGCACCGGCUCUUCAGGGUCAGGCCUCAGAGUUCAGAGGGAGAGCUCAGCUCUUCUCAGAUGCUGUUGCCACAGGAAACGCUUCUCUGCUGCUGCAGAGCGUGAGGAGCAGUGACGAGGGCGAGUACACCUGCAGCAUCAGCUCCUCGGCCGGCCGAGGGAAGGUCAACAUUCAGCUCAGAGUAGCAGUCUAUUCAGCCGCCACAUUCAGGUUCUCUAACGGCACCCUCACGGCUGAGGCAAGCAGGUGGUUUCCUAAACCAAAUGUCACGUGGAUGCACCAAACUGGGAUUGUCCUGAAUGCAACCACAAAUUUAACAACAAGCUCAGCAGGGAUAUUCAGCAUUAUCAGCACGUUGAAUGCAGACCAGAGCAGUGACACCUACAGCUGCAGGAUUGAAAAUAAUCUAGUAACUGCAAUCGCUGAGGCAACCAUAACAGGUGCUGAUGUUUCAGGGGGAACGUACUUCGCGUUCAGUGUUGCUUCAACCCUCUUUGCUUCAGUUUAUCUGAACACCAUGACCAGUCUGCUCUGCACCUAUUAUACCACCUAAUGCAACACACAAACAUGUGUUAAAUAAAACUGAAAAAUUCUCUUAACCCCACCCUUGUCUUUCAUUAAAGGACAGGCUUUGUCACAAUUCAACAGCAGAAAUAAGUUAUGGUAACAAGUUUCUACAGAUUUUUAUAUUUUGCUGAAUAAUUUAUUGUGGUGCCUUUUAUUUAUAGAUGAUAGUUGACCAGUUUAUAUUUGUAUCUUCUUUUUCUUCUAUUAGAUGCGUGUCAGCUCUAAGGUGAUUAUAAACUGAAGAGCAAUGCAAAAUUAUUUGUCAAUAAAUUAUUCUAAAUUCUUUUU